AUGAGAAUUAUCUUAUCUCUCUGCCUUAUUGCCUUGGCCAUCAGCCAGGUCUACUCGCACUCUGUGCUCACUGUCCCAACCCCAUGGAACACCAACCCAAGCAAGACCUCCCCAUGUGGAGGUGGUACGGCCGCAACCACUGCCGUCUACACAUACUGCAAGGGCAAGCCAACUACCAUUGAGUGGAAGGUUAUUGCUGCUGAUGGACGUGGACCAAUCACAGUGUCAUUGGAUACCAAUGGAGGCACCAACUUCAACACCCCAGUCACAGUCACUGGCCCAACACCAAACGCUGAGACUACCUUCACCUUCAGCAUGACCGUCCCAGACGUCACCUGUGCCAACAACAAGUGCACCAUGCAGGUCAAGUCCGACUCGAACUGGUUCUCAUGCGCCACCAUCAACAUUGCCGAGACUUGCAACACCACCAAGUCCGAUCAGCUCGUCACCGUCCUCGCCGAGGACUUGAAGUUCUGCGGUGAGUACGCCAACAACCACAGAGUCAUGAUCCCAAUCGGUCAGACCGCCGCCCAGAUCGACAAUGACGUCAAGGCUGCCUUCACCGCCAACAUUGCCAACCCAUUGGUCUUUGGAGACAAUGGAACCGCUUGCAGAACCUCCUACGCCAAGUACGUCUGCCAAGAGAACUUCCCAUUGGACCCAGGUUCAACCUCAGCCGAGAAGAAGCCAAUCAACCUUAACACUUAUUCUGAUUGCGUUAACAUGAACACUGAUUGCAAGACUACCAACCUCCAUUUGGGUCUCUACCCAUGCUCCCGCAAUGCUGCCUCCUCAAUGGUUCCAUCCAUUAUCUUGGUUGCCGUCUCUUUGAUCGCCGCCGUGUUUAUGUUCUAA